AUGGGUAAACCUCAGAAGCGUCUUGGUAUUUUGACCAGUGGGGGCGACUGCCCCGGAUUGAACGCCGUGAUUCGCGGUGUCGUGAAGAGUGGACUCCAACUGGGCUACGACUGUGUGGGCUUCAUCAAGGGCUAUGAGGGCCUAGUCGACCCGGUAACGUACAUCCCCCUGAACCACAAAAAUACCGCCGGCAUUCUGAACCUGGGUGGCACUAUUCUGGGUUCGACGAACAAGGGCCGGUUCGCCGCCCGAAGUGGCGUGGACGAUACGGUAAGAAUCGACCCCGAAAUGAUGAAGGCCGCCCAACUCACGGUCGAGCAGCUAGGGCUGGACGGCUUGAUCUGCAUCGGUGGCGACGGGUCGCUGACGAUUGCUCAACAAUUUCACGAGUUUGGCAUCCCCGUGGUGGGUGUGCCCAAGACGAUCGAUAACGACCUACGGGCGACCGCUUACACGUUCGGAUUCGACAGUGCUGUGGCUUGUGCCACCGACGCGUUGGAUCGGCUGCAUACCACGGCAGCCUCGCACGAAAGAAUCAUGGUGAUGGAAGUGAUGGGCCGUCACGCCGGUCACAUCGCAUUGCAUUCCGGAAUAGCCGGCGGCGGUGAUGUGAUACUUAUCCCCGAGAUCAACUGGACGUUCGAGCACGUUUGCCAAAAGAUUCUCGAACGCGAAACCAAGGGCAAGAAGUUCACGUUAGUGGUUGUGGCCGAAGGAGCCAUGCUGCCCAACGAAGGACUUGUUUGCCAAGAGCGUCGUGGCGACGGAGCCAAGCAGGUUCGGCUCGGUGGCGUUGGAAACGUAGUCGCCGCCGAGAUCGAAUCUCGCCUGCAGCGAGAGACCCGUUGUGUGAUUCUCGGCCACUUGCAACGCGGUGGUCCUCCCACCACCUUCGACCGCGUGCUGGCCACCCAGUUCGGCGCACAUGCCGUGCGAUUGGUGCACGAGCGAAAGUUCGGCCAGAUGGUCUGCUUCCAACCGCCGAAUAUCGACGCGGUGCCGAUUGUAGAUGCGGUGAGUAAGCUACUGCAGGUCGAUCCCCAUGGGUCCGCCGUGCAGUCUGCCCGCGCAUUGGGAAUUAGCUUCGGCGACAGCCCAGCGGACGACAGCCCAUUCCGCCACAUUCGGGUUGAAGAACCCGAAAACGGUGAGCUGGCCGAAACUUCAGAGUUCCAACCCUCCGCCUAG